CAGCUUUUCGCUGUGAACUCAGUUUGUCACAUUCAACACCUCGCACUUGCACAAUUCACGGUGGAUAAACCAGAAGUGAGCUUUUUGUUAUUUUCUUUUGAGCGCCUGUUCUCCUAACGUCCAUAUGAGGGCGCCGUGAUCCCGACUCUUUGAUCAUGCAAUGCUGUUACCUCAACGCCCCAAGACAAUAGUGAUAGUUGGGUUCAGCCAGGGCCGGCCCCAGGUAUAAGCGACCUAGGCAGUCGCUUAGGGCCCCCAAACUUUAGGGGGCCCCAGUCUGCAUGUGAGCACCGGACCAAUAGGGAAGAGGGGGCCCACAAAUCAAAUUUUGCUUAGGGCCCCCAAUUGGCUAGGGCCGACCCUGAGUUAAGCUAUAAGUUUGUGUAAUGAGACCGUCUGUCGUCCGUGCCAUACAAGCCUAGAUAUGAGCUGUUUUUUUAAUAGUAAUUCCAUCAAAUGUGUCAUUGGGAAAUACAUCAUUAUUUAUGUCCAGAAUUGACCUCUUACAUAUUUGAAAAUGUGCCUUAAUUGUGGGUCAGGAAUGAAAAUGUAAUAUCUAUCCGCCGGGGAUGUAUUGGAGUCCGUGGAGGCUACACCGCCAGCCUGCUUGUCCGUCUACCCCGCGCCGCAGCAGCCCCUCCCCAGUGUGGGCGGAGACUUUCCUACAACAGUGAGAUUGGAGUCCGGGCUAUAACACUCGGUAUCCCAGUAUAGUGUCAGAGAUCUAUCCGCACCAUACGAGAGCGUGCACUUCAUCUACAGUUCAUCACUGAACUGCGAUAGCGCGAGAAUCGAGGCUGGAGACUCACGCCACAACCAGUAACCGCGAGGCUUUCCAAGUGUGGGAUAGAAUGCCGGCGAUUAUAAGUACAAAUUCCGACUUGGAGUUCGACUCCUUACAACCCUGCUUCUAUCCAGACGAGGCUGACUUCUAUUUCUGCGGUCCGGACUCUGCGCCACCCGGAGAGGACAUCUGGAAGAAAUUCGAGUUGCUGCCCACGCCGCCUCUCUCCCCAAGCCGAGCGGCGUUACCCGGGGAGCUGGCUUCGCUGUCCCGGGGGGACGGGGGCGACUCCACGGCAGGUCCCAUGGGCUUUGGAUUAGGCGACCCCCUGGACUGCAAUUGGGCAUCGGAGCUCCUUCUCCUGCCCGAGGACGAUAUUUGGGGCGUUUCGGACGGAGACCUGUUCGGCGGCUUAACUUUGGAUAGUAACCCCAACUCAAUCAUCAUCAAGGACUGUAUGUGGAGCGGCUUCUCGGCCAGGGAAAAGCUCGAGCGGGUGGUCACAGAGAAGCUUGGAAAAGCCAUCUCUUCCGCGGCUGCCAGUGGAGUUAGUAGAAAUGUCACUACCGCGGCAGCCACCGCAACCAAGGCGCCCGAGCUGAACCGCUCCUUGGCGGAGUGUGUGGACCCCGCGGUGGUCUUCCCCUUCCCUGUCAACAAAAGAAACAGUAGCACCGGCAGGACGGUCCCCGCCUCUACUACCCACUGUAGCGCGGAUGAAACUCCCAGCGAUUCGGACGACGACGACGACGACGAUGACGACGAAGAGGAAGAUGAGGAAGAAGAUGACGAGUCUGAUGGCGAAGAGAUUGACGUGGUCACCGUGGAGAAGCGGCGCGGCUUGUCGCCCAUGGCGACCGGCACUGUCACCAUCUCGGUGCGCUCGAAGACGGGCUCCGCGUCCGCCGGCGCGGCUUCGUCGGGCGUCGUGAGCCGCUUCGUCAGCAGCCGGGAGUCUGCAGGCUCCGGUGCUCAUGGUCAGGAAUUGAUCCUGAAGCGCAGCUCGGUCCACCAGCAGCAGCACAACUACGCCGCCCCCUCCCCUUACGCCUCGGAUGACGACCACGCGCCCCCCUCCAAGAAACCCCGGCCCUCCGACACCCACCGCCAGCCAAACCGCGGCCACUCCUCAACGCCGUCGCCGCCGUCCUCCUCGGCGCCCUGUGGCUCUGUGGCGACGCCCGGCACGCGGCCCAAGCGUAACGCGAGCGGCGACAGCAGCCCGCGCGGCGGAUCCUCCGGGAACUCCGACUCCGAGGACUCGGAGCGCCGGCGGAACCACAACAUCCUGGAACGCCAGCGGCGCAACGACCUGCGCUCCAGCUUCCUCACGCUGCGCGACAAUGUGCCCGAGCUGGCGAGGAACGAGAAGGCGGCCAAGGUGCUGAUCUUGAAGAAGGCGGCGGAGUACGUGGGGACGAUGGAGCUGGAGGAGCUGCGGCUGACGCAGGAGAAAGACAGGCUGCAGGCGCGCAGGACACAGCUGAUGAGGCGCCUGGAGCAGGCCAGGACUCGCUGAGACGCAUGGACGCAUUCUGCAUUAACACAGGCUUACACACACGUAUACACACACACAUUUACACAUACACACACACAUAUAUACACACACAUACACACACAC